UAUAUACAUUCAUACAUAAAACCGGAGCAUACAAUCGCACACAUAUUACUUCUUUGUUUUUUUCUAUGGGAGUUAAUAUGUAUAUAUAUUUAGUCAUAAUUUUUGUAGGCAGUGAAGCACAUUUGUGUGAUCUGUGAGUUUUUUAUGCGUUUUUCAUUUAAACUGGUUUGUUUUUUAUUAAGUGAAAGAAAAAUACCAAUUAGUGCAGUUUGGAAAGUUUUAUUAGAACAUUGAUCCCAAAUUUUGGUGUUUUAAUUUGGAGAGAUGAUGAGCCCCCUCUUUCUGUUUGGUGCUCAAAGAUCAAAUGCGGUGCUCUUCAUCAUUUUCAUCUCUUCUCUUGUCACCUCCUUCUCAUUAUCAUAUGGGUAUGAUUCAUUAGAUCCUUAUGCCAACAUAACCAUCACUUGGGAUUUUCGGCUUCAAACUGGGAGCACAUAUGAUAUAAAGGUAUCAAUAUACAACUUCCAGCAAUUCCGGCAUUUGGAUCGGCCUGGUUGGAAAUUGAGUUGGAUAUGGCAAGAUGAUGAUCAAGUGAUUUGGGACAUGUGGGGAGCUGAGGCCAUGGAGCAAGGAAACUGCUCCAAGUUCAGGAGCUCACCACAACUUCCUCACUGCUGUAAAAAGCAGCCAGUGAUUAUUGAUUUUUUGCCAGGAGCCCCUUACAACAAGCAGUUCUCCAAUUGUUGCAAGGGAGGGGAGCUCUCUUCCAUGAUCCAAGACUCUUCCAAGUUUCUAUCUGCUUUCCAGAUGAAUGUUGGAUUUGGAAAAACCAACAACAUUACAGAAGUUAUGCCUACCAAUUUCACCCUUGGAAUUCCUGGUUAUACCUGUGGAGACGCAUUUCUCGUCUCACCAACUAGGUCUAGUCCCGAUGGCCGCCGAUGGGUACAAACUCUAGAGACAUGGAAUGUGACCUGUAUGUACUCCCAGUUCAGAGCAUCACCUUCUCCAAAAUGCUGUGUUUCCUUGUCUGCAUUCUACAAUAGUACCAUUAUUCCUUGCCCGAAAUGCAGCUGCGGCUGCCAAGGACUGCCGGGAGCAAAAUGCCUAAAGUCUGGUGAAAAAUCUCCGCAUCUGUUGGAGCUUCCACGAGCGCGGGAGAACGAAGAAGUGCCACCUUUGGUGACUUGUUCACAGCACAUGUGCCCGAUUCGAGUGCAUUGGCAUGUGAAGCAAAGCUAUAAGGAGUACUGGCGGGUGAAGAUUACAAUCACUAAUCUUAAUUUUGUUAAAAACUAUUCGUCUUGGAGCUUAGUCGUUCAACACCCCAACUUGAGGAGUGUAACUCAGUUGUUCAGCUUCAACUACCACCCUCUCAAUGCGUAUGGAAAUAUAAAUGAUACAGGGAUGUUCUGGGGGAUCAAAUCGUACAAUGACAUGUUACUCGCGUCCGGCCAGAGCGGCAAUGCUCAAUCGGAGAUGUUACUGCAGAAAGAUCCUGGGAUUUUCACUUUCAGGGAAGGAUGGACUUUUCCUAGAAGAAUUUCCUUUAAUGGUGAUGAAUGUGUCAUGCCCCCUCCAGAUGAGUACCCUACACUUCCCAACAGUGCAACAACAUCAAGACCUUCCUUAGUUUUCUUCUCAUUCUUGAUCCUUGCAUUUGUGUUCUGAUUAAAAAAAGUCUGCAAAUUGGUGAUUUUAGAUUCAUGAUUUAGAUUCAAUUUUAUUUAUUUUUAGUGUUGUAGUACUGCAGAAAUACUUGAAUGUCUUAGUGGUCUUUCUCCCCCGGACGUUUCACUAUAUAUUGACAGUCCAAAGGGAAAUGCACAAACUUAAACCAAAACUUGUCAUGGAUUGAAAAAUGGGACAUUUCUUUCUCAUGGUUU